AUGACAGAUAAAAAUAGACCGAUGACAAUAAAAUCCAAUGCUGGAAAAUCGUCAUCAUCACUUUCAUUGAGUAUUAAUCCACUACCAAUUAAUUCGUCGACCCUAACUCAACAAUUUGCAGACAUUAUUCGACGUUAUAAAUAUUAUUGUCAACAUAUUCAACGAUUACUCAAAGAAACAGAUAAAUCUUACAAUGAAAUCAGUGAUACACAUGUUCUUACGCCAGAAAAAAUUUCUAAAAUACAUAUAUCGAAAUCUGAUCGUGAAUAUCUUGACGCAUUAAAAACACGUCCAUUAGCACUUAUUAUUUGUUCACAAAGUUAUAAUGGAAAAUCACGUUUUGUUAAUGAAUUAUUGAAUGAACCAUUAUUACCUGAAUCACCAUUGAUCGAUAAAAAUGAUGUUGUACGAAUGGUUCGAAUCAAGGUAGAGGUUCGUUUAGAACGUUUUCUUUCUAUUUUAAGCCAUCGAUUUGAAUUAGACGUCAAGAUUAGAGAUAUACGAAACUAA